AUGCGAGUACUUGUGUUAGUUCUUUUAAUCGUUGGCUAUGCUAGUAGUGCUGAAAUUCUGAAAGAUGCCCUGCGAGCAUCUUCAAGUGGCUCAUCACGCGUUACAACUAGACCACCAUUUCCAACUUCAAGAUCUAGUGCUAGACCGACAACAACUACUCGUCCAUACAUUUACUGUCACUACUGCGGCGAUCUAGGUCGUCCUUGUCCUCAACCGUUUUAUAGAUCCCAUCCAAAUGUACGGACUGCUCAAUCAUAUAAUGGAUUUUGUGAGAAAAUAAGUCCCAAUAACGGUGGCUUGGGACCCUUUACUCGUGGCGCUGCAAAUCCAGGUGAUUGCAGUCGAAGCGGCUGUUCUACAAAAUAUAUUAACGGUCAAUUGAUGGAAGUGUGCUGCUGUCGUAGGGAUUACUGUAACAUGGGUAUUACAUCGGCCAAAUCAACUUGGACACUGAUGCUCAUCACAUUGGCAAUGCUUUUACUUUUUAGAAAAUUUUAAGUGAUAGAAUUUUUGUUUGUGAAAGUUUUUAAACAUCGUCAAUAAAAAUUAAUGUAUGCUUAAGCCAUAAACAAAAUUGUAUUAGAUCGAAGUUUUGCUCAUAAUAAAAAAUAUUUUUUCUAUGAUAGUUUGUUGUUGAACAAUAGUCAACAAAGUGAUUUUGUGAAAAAUUGACAACGACGUAGAAUGAGUGGUAUUCUCAUUGUUGUUUGCUAUCAGACUAGAAACGGAUUGAAUUCUUUUUUUAACUCGAAAGAAUUAGUCAGUUUACUUUUUGGACUAGAUUGAACUAGCCAGUUGAAACUCUUUACUUGAUCGACAGAAAAUUGACCGGUUUAAAAGGUGAAAAGGAGACUCUCUUUAUAUAUGAAUUAAAUAACCAGCUGUCUUGAUAACAAGUGUAUUACUACAGCUGCAUACGGUUCAUCUCGUAAAUCACGAUAAAAGAUGUUGCACAACUUCUAUGGUUUGUUUUUCCUCAUUUCCUUCAAUAAAGGUACGAUUUAUUUACAAGAAGUCAUAAAACUGAUGUUCUCUUAUUAAAAAACAUUAUUUAAAAUCGUUGGAAGACCUCUGUAUUCUUAUAAGGCUACUAAUACAGAUAGAAAGAUAAUAUGAACUAAAAAAUUCAAUUUUCAUGCCAGGUGUCAUAUUCUAAAAUUUCACAAACUUUGAAGAAAAUUGUGUAUUCAUGCGUGUGCCUCAGAAGAAGAAAGUUUAA